CAAGACAAGGGUCUCUCUUUCCACGUACGUGCAACAGUCAUGAGUUUCUAAUUCUCUAUAUAUAAAAAAACAAGCUAGCUAGAGCAAAGCCAACCCAUAUUUUUUACCUUGUGAUAGAUGAUACUAUCGCCAACCCACAAGCACUAUUUGUCCAAGAAAACAACUCCACUUUUCCUAAUUUUCUCUCCACAGGCAUUUCUCCAAUAGAUUUUGAUUCCACCAUGUCCAAGAUUUAUCCUGCAGAGAAGAGAUGCAGCAGCCAAGAUUUGUUCUGGAAGGAGAAAGAAAGAGUCGUUGAUGACGAUGGAGAUGGUUUCCAACACCAACGUCGCAAUCCAUGUAUGCUAACUGUGUGGAAGAGAUCUAGCAUGACUUUCCAGGGAACCGAUGGGUUCACCGUCUUUGAUCCUCAUGGAAGAUUGGUUUUUCGAGUCGACAACUAUUCCAGGAAGAAUCGUUAUGCUGGAGGUGGUCUUGUUCUCAUGGACGGAGUCGGCAAUGCUUUGCUCACUUUGAAACCUCAGAUGCUGAGCAUGCAUUUCCAGUGGAAUGCAUACAAAGGAGAAGAUGUGUACGGAAAGAAUCCAAAGAUGAAGAUAUUCUCAAUGAGGAGCACAUCAAUGUUUUUCAACACUGGCAAAGACGUAGCAGAGAUCUUCAUGGGAGGGCUAACAAGACAAGGUCAGACGCCAGAUUUCAGGAUUGAGGGAUCAUUCAGGGCUCGAGAUUGCAAGAUCAAGACUCUCAAUGGAGAGUUAGCAGCGAAGAUGGCUAGGAAAAGAGUGAACACAACAAUUUUGCUAGGUGAUGAUGUCUUUAACUUGGCUGUACAACCAGGUUUUGACACACAACUUAUUAUGGCCUUUCUAAUUGUAUUAGAUCGCAUUAGCGAUAAGCCUUUUGCCCCUGUUUUGUGUUGUUAAAUUGAUCUUUGUAUAAACCAGGGUAAACGUACAUAUUACACCUCAGUCACUCAUAAAUUUACACUUGCUUCAAAGGGAUUUUUCUUGUUGAA